AGACGGACCGGAAGUUGGUCCGACAGUGACUUUCUUCCGCACAGAUACAAACAACCAUUUCAUUGUUGCUUCACAUUCAUUUUAUUUCAAUCAAACGUAGAAAUAAUUUAACCAACUGCACUUUUUUUCAUGUCAAACGUUUUGUAAACGGAGGCAAACGUAAUCGUUGUGUGCAGUUUAUCAGCAUGUUGUGGUUGUUAUUCAAGGUUUAGUCAGUCGACAAGUUGAAGUUGUCCUCGGACGCCCAGGGAGCAGGACUAGGAGCAGGACCAGGACUAUGGAUGUGGACGGGCGGGUCCACAGUCGGUCCUGGGACUGGGACAGUCCGCACUGCCGAGCCCAGCUGGACGACGUCUUCUUCCGUCCGAACGACUACAUCCAGGCCGGCAGCCAGGAACACAAAGACUUCUGGGCCUUCUUUGACCGCUUCCAGAGGUUUAAGGUAAAGCGGGACAUGUCUGGACCUGGACCGGGUGCCAGCCCUGACGUGAUCCGGCCCGGGUCCUUGGACCUCCCUCGGGACUAUGACGCUCGCUACCGCAUCAAUGUGUCGGUGUGCACCAGGGACGUGGAGGAGCGGAUCGGACGCUCUCACACGAGGAGAGAGUCGUCAGGUCCGAGUCCUCAGGUGAUCUCCGACUUCCGCCUGGCUCUCCUGCACUUCCUUGACUUCAGUCAGCGGCAGAGCUUCUGCAAGCUGGCCAAGCUGCGCCGGGAGCAGAGGACCCUGCCCAUCUUCCAGUAUCGACACCGAGUGGUGGAGAUGGUGAGGCGGCACCCGGUGGUGGUGGUGGCGGGGGACACCGGCUGUGGGAAGUCCACCCAGGUGCCCCAGUACCUGCUCUCUGCCGGGUUCACGCAGAUCGCCUGCACGCAGCCCCGACGCAUCGCCUGCAUUUCACUGGCCAAGAGGGUCAGCUUCGAGAGUCUCAACCAGUACGGCUCCAAGGUAGGCUACCAGAUCCGCUUCGAGACCACGCGGACCCUCGCCACCAAGCUGAUCUUCCUGACUGAGGGCCUGCUCCUCAGGCAGAUCCAGCAGGAGAAGACUCUGGAGCAGUACCAGGUUCUGAUCGUGGACGAGGUCCACGAGCGACACCUGCACUGUGACUUCCUGCUGGGCGUCUUGCGCUCCCUGCUGACGGAGCGCCCCGACCUGCGCCUCAUCCUCAUGUCGGCCACCAUCAACAUCAAGCUCUUCUCCGACUAUUUCGGCGGCGCUCCUGUGCUGCAGGUGCCAGGCAGGCUCUUCCCCAUACAGGUGACUUACCAACCCAUCCCGCCGGAGGAGCAGCCGUCGCGCUCUGAGAAGAUGGACCCCCGGCCUUACCUGCGCAUCCUGCAGGGCAUCGACCAGCGCUACCCGCCAGAGGAGCGCGGCGACCUGCUCAUCUUCCUCAGCGGCGUGGCGGAGAUCGCCACCAUCCAGGAGGCGUGUCAGGUGUACGCCACGCACACGCGACGUUGGAUUGUGCUGCCGCUGCACAGCACGCUCUCCCUGGCGCAGCAGGACAAGGUGUUUGACAUAGCGCCACCUGGUGUGAGGAAGUGCAUCAUCUCGACCAACAUCGCAGAGACCUCGGUCACCAUCGAUGGAGUACGCUUUGUGGUGGACUCGGGCAAGGUGAAAGAGAUGAGUUUCGACCCCAAGGCCAAGAUGCAGCGUCUGCAAGAGUUCUGGAUCAGCCGAGCCAGCUCGGAGCAAAGGAAAGGUCGCGCCGGCCGUACGGGUCCCGGGGUGUGCUACCGCCUCUACGCCGAGUCCGACUACGACGCCUUCGCUUCCUACGCCGUGCCCGAGAUCCACCGGGUGGCACUGGACUCGCUGGUUCUUCAGAUGAAGAGCAUGGGACUCGGAGAUCCGCUGUCUUUCGUCUUCAUCGAUCCGCCGCCCGCCGCCAGCAUCCAGACCGCGAUUACCUACCUCAAGGAGCAGGGGGCGCUGGACCACCGCUGUGAGCUGACCUCUAUCGGGAGUCUGCUCGCUCAGCUGCCGGUCGACGUGGUCAUCGGGAAGAUGCUGGUGCUGGGCUCCUUGUUCAAUCUGGUGGAGCCUGUGUUGACAGUGGCCGCCGCCCUCAGCGUCCAGUCGCCCUUCCUGCGCAGCUCCCAGCACAACCCGGACUGCGCCACCGCCCGCCAGCCCCUGCACUGCAGCCAGGGAGACCCUUUCACUCUGCUCAACACCUUCAACGCCUGGGUGGAGGUGAAGGGCGAGAGAGGCGGCGAGUCCAGGAAGUGGUGUCGGCGGCGAGGCCUGGAGGAGCAGCGUCUUUACGAGAUGGUCAACCUGCGCCGGCAAUUCAAGGAGCUGCUGAGGAGCCACGGCCUGCUGGAGACCGCCGACGGCGACGACGACGGCGGUGGCGAGGACCGCCAGCAGCGCCGCGAGCGUCGGAUGGAGAGGCGGAAGCUUCAUCAGAUGAAGAGGGAACACGAGCAGCAGGAAGGCACCAAGCGGAAAGUCCUCAGGCUGGAAGAGGGCCAGGAGGGAGAGUUCUCCUCCGGGUCGGACACGGAGCAGGCGGGAAGGAGGCGGAACAGGAAGAAGGACAAGGAGGGAUCGGUGGACAUCCAGGAAGUGAAGUUCAAGCUGCGUCACAACGUAUCGGAGCUCCAGGGCGCCGUCAACGCCAGCCAGGACCUGACGUCCCGCCGCCAGGCGCUCCUCAAGCUGCUGCUGUGCCGCGGCCUCUACCCUCAGCUGGCUCUGCCCGACGACCACAACGCCGCCCGCAAGGACACCGAGCAGGUGUUCCACACCAAGAACAAGCAGGGCAUCGUCAUCCAUCCCACUAGCGUGUUUGCCAGCGACCCUGAGGUGUUGCACCCGCUUCAGGAUGGCGUCCAGGACCGAGCAGCAGAGCGGCGAGACAGCAGCAAACAUCAGCUGCUGGCCUUCGUCACCUUGCUGGAGACCAACAGGCCGUACUUGUCCAACUGCGUGCGUGUUCCCGCGCUGCAGGCCCUGCUGCUGGUGGCCAACUCGGUGGACAGCAACGCCGACUGCUCGCGUCUGCUGCUGGACGGCUGGCUGGAGCUGCAGCUGAAGCGGCCGGAGGAGGCGCUCAAGGUGCUGUCGGACGCCCUCAGCCUCCGGGCCGAGUGGGAGCGUCUCCUGCAGGCCCAGCUGGCGCGGGGUCUGGCCGGCGUGUCCCGCCGGGCCACGGAGAAGCUGAGCGAGCGCCUGGUCCGCUUCCUGCUGUACACCGAGACCAGCUACAGCCUGCAGAGGCUGACGGCCCUCCAGACGCAGAACCUGUACGUGGGACCCCAGGCGGAGUCAGAGGUGGCCCUUGGCGUCACGCCGCUGUUUCCGGGCCAGGAGGUCAAACCCGACCCCGUGAAGGGAGGCCUGCGCGUCAGCAGCUUCUUCACCUACAACUGUCUGACUGACUCCAGAGACCUGUACAGCCAGUGCCUGCGGACUUUCUGGAACUGUCCCCACUGUGACCUGUACAUGCCGCUGACCCCUCUGGAGCGCAUGCAGCACGAGACCACCUGCAGGCCGGCGGGCGAACAGCAGCAGGACGAAGGGGAAGACGACGUAAAGCCAGCGUCUUCGUCUCACUCCAGCCUGAGCAGAGUUUACCACUGCGACGUUUGCCACCAAGACCUGACCCUCACGCCCACAGAGAUCCUCAAGCACAAAAGGCAGCACAUGUACACUGCUAAGUAAAACACUGCAUUCCUACUACAUAAGUUGUCACCUUGUGUAAAUGGUAAAUAAAAAGAGAA